UCCAGGCGGAAAGUUUUCCAUCUGCUCGUCUUCUGGGAGUUCCCUCACCUGGAACCUCUCGACAUCUCCCAGGGCAUCCUUUACUUCUGGUAGACAGGUUCGCGGGUAAAUCUCGACAAAACCACUUGACACGUCGCCGUCUUCUCUUCCUCCCCCCUCAAUCCGUUAAAAGGAAACAAAAAAAAGAGGCUGCCGUGAUGGGUCGACUUCUGGCCGUGCUCGUCUUCGCCCUCUGGGCAGCGGUUUGUCCGUCACGGGCCAACCAGAUACCGCAACUCGCCAUGGGACUAGGACUAUCCACAAUCGAUUCGUCCGAGGCCCAGCUCAGUGAUCUUCUCGUGCCAGAAACCAGCGCAAACUCGUCCGUUGUAUCAUCCGAGGACUUGGACGGCAACGAACUCGGACUUGUCGCUCUCAUGCCGAGACAGCGCCAAUGCGUGAACCCCGGACACUACAUCUGCGCAGACGGCGUAAGGUGCUGCCCCAACGGAGACACCUGCGUCUCCGUUGGUUGCUGCCGGGGGAACACGAGGCUAUGCAGCGCCAAUAGUUGCUACGACCCGUCCAGUGAGAAGUGCUGCAGCGACUACAUCGUCUGCCCCAGCGGCUGGGACUGCGUCGGCGGCGGCUGCUGCCCCUCAGGACAAAGACGCUGCGGCAACUCCAAGUGCUACAACCCGAACACCCAGACCUGCUGCACCGGGCCCGGCACCGUCUGGGCCUGCACCCGCUCCCAGGCGUGCUGCCCCAACGGCUACUGCCGCAACCCGAACACCGAGCAGUGCUGCCAGGGCGGCACCUGCGACAACGAUACAACCUGCUGCCGGUAUGAGUGCUGCCGCUCCAUCGGCUACUGCGGCUCCGACGGCUACUGCAAGCCCUGCCCGCCCGCCACCCGCACCGUGACCUCCACCUGGAGCAGCACAACCACCCUGUUCCGCACCGUGACCAUCACGCGCGACCCGGCCCCCGAGACCGAGGACGCCCCCGAAUUCACCUGCAUUCCCAUGACCGCCACCAACAUCGAGGGCGCCACUCUCGAGCUGGCCGAGGACUGCGGCCUCCAAUACAACCCGCCCGCCAGCCCCACAACCACUCCCGCCGCCGCCGCCGCCGCCGCCGCCAUUCGCGCCCGGGAUUCGAACCCCGACCCCACCAUAGCAGCAGCCAACCCCCUACUACUGCCGCGCCAGGCCAAUUGCGUACCUUUCACGACGCAGACGACGACCAUGUGGGUCACGCAACCCUUCACGACCACCCAGACACGUUCGAGGACGAUCCGAGGACCGGGCGACGACGAAGGCUUCUCGUGUCCCGAGAUGGAGGCCACCAACGCCGUCGGCGACGUGUUGGCCAUGGACGCGUCGUGUGCCCUGUCCUUCUCGCCCGGCACGCCCACCACGCCCACCACGCCCACCACGCCCCCGGCGGGUCCCACUGUUGCCGAUCAGGGCCCUGGUCCUCUCGAUCCUGGCAGUGGGGCGGGCUCGCUGUGGAGCUCCUUUUCUACCGUACGGCAUUCUGUCGUUGUCGCUGUCUGUGUGGUUUACGUUUUGCUGUGAGACUUUUAUUUUCCUUCGCUCUAGUUGGGCCCAGGGAAGGAAGAGAGACGGAAGGGAGAGAGAUAUCGCAUUAUAUGAUGAAGAGGUCAGAGCUGGAAGAACUGAAAUGACAAUAACCCGGUUAUGUUAAAUCAGUUGAUGCUGCCUAUAUCGGUCAGUAUGGGAGUCAUAUAACACGAGAGGAGUGAAUGAAUCCUCGAGAAUAAUUUGAAUGAUACCCUUAAAUACCUGAAAACCGGACG